AUGAAAACACCUGGAGAUAGUGGGUUUGCCUUUCCAGAAUGGGCCUACAAGCCCGAGUCCAGCCCCGGGUCCAGGCAGAUCCAGCUGUGGCACUUCAUCCUGGAGCUGCUCAGGAAAGAGGAGUAUCACGAUGUGAUCGCGUGGCAGGGGGACUAUGGCGAGUUCGUCAUCAAGGAUCCAGACGAGGUGGCCCGGCUCUGGGGGGCCAGGAAGUGUAAACCCCAGAUGAACUACGACAAGCUUAGCAGGGCACUGAGAUACUACUACAACAAGAGGAUCCUCCAUAAAACCAAAGGCAAGAGGUUUACCUAUAAGUUCAACUUCAACAAACUGGUUUUGGUCAACUACCCCUUCAUCGACAUGGGCUCCUCUGGAAGCAGCGUUCCUCAGAGCGCCCCUCCCGUCCCGACAGGAGCCGGAACCCAUUUCCGCUUCCCUCCUUCCACUCCCUCGGAGGUCCUGUCCCCCAACGAGGACCUGCGCAGCCCCGGGGGCAUGUUCAGCUCCGUGGCCCGGCGGAUAGGACGCGGCUCGGUCAGCGACUGCAGCGACGGCACCUCCGUCAAUUCAGAGGUGGAGGAGGGCAACACGGGAGUGGGGGAGGAGCGAGGCGAGAGGGGUGUGAGUGGAGGAGGUGGCCCUGGAGGUGGAGGCGGGUACCGAAGUAUCAUUCACCCCCGUCUGUCCCACGAGACCCUUUUCCGCAUGUAUGGAGGGCCGGGGAACCCCGCGGGCCACCACGGCUCCCGCGGCCCCACCGGGCACCGCAUCCACCAGGAGCCCCUGUCCCCAUUCCCAGUGUCCCCCCUGCCUGGGCCUGGAGGGGCCAACCUGCUGGCGCCUCCUCUGUCUCCAGCCCUCUCCAUGACCCCAACCUCUCACCUCCCCUACACUCCCUCGCCCACUCUGUCGCCCAUGCUGGGCUCCCACUUCUCCUUCAACCCAGAGGACAUGAAGCGGUACCUGCAGGCCCACACCCAGUCUGUGUACAACUACGGCCUCAGUCCCCGAGCUUUCCUCCAGUACCCCAACAUCGUCAUCCCCCAGCCCCACCGGCCCGCCGCAGACAAAGCCGCCGAGAGAGGAGCCGCCGAGAGGGCAGAGCGAGCCGCCGCCGGCGGAGAGCGGGGAGGAGACCGCCACCACCACCCAUCGCUGGCCCACUCCGCCCACCACCACCCACGCCCUCACUCCGCCCACCCCCACCCCCACUCCCACCCCAUGCAUCACUCUCUCCACCUGGGUGAGGAGCCCCCACACAUGUCCCCCUUCAAGUUCAAGCUGCAGCCGCCUCCUCUGGGACGGAAGCAGCGGGAGGGGCAGAGCCAGAGCAAACCCAGGCAGAGCUCCCUGUCCUCGGGCUCCGGCUCCGGCUCCAUGUCCUCCACCUCUGGCCUGGGCUCCUCACUGUCGUUUGGAAGCGACCUGAGCUCAGCCAGCGGCUCUGGAGUCAUCUCUGCCUCCUCCUCGACACAGUCUCUAAACAGCGCGGGACUCCCCAAGAUAAAGGUGGAGCCCAUCUCUGACAUAGAGUCGGAAGAGGAGGUGGAGGUCACAGACAUCAGCGAUGAGGACCCGGAUGAGCGAGAUGAAGAGUUUCAGCUCUUCUCCAGCCGCCACUUACGAGCCGCCGAGCACCACCACCUGGCAAACGGCUCAGCCACCAACCAACAUCAGCCCCACGCCGACGAAGACCUGGACGAGGACGUCUUCAAAGCCCCCGCUCCUCCUCCUCCCGGCCUGAUGCCGUUCUUCACCUCCCAGCACAUACAUUCAAACGCACUCCGCCCGCUGCCCACCCUCAAGAGUGAGCCCGUAGAGCCAGGGGAGAGCACCACCCCCCCCUCUCAGACGGGCUCGGCGGGGGCCACGCAGACCAAGUGCAUCCCCCUCAAGCUGCGCUUCAAGAGGCGCUGGAGCGAAGACCAGCGCAUGGAAGCAUCCCAGGAGGAGUCGGAUGACAAAAAAGUGCGGCCGGAGGAGGACCGGGAGCGAGGGAGGCAGAGCAACGGAUGCACGGAGAUGGAGGAGGACGGGACGGGCAGUGGAGAAGGAGACAGCCCUCCCCCGCUGACGUACGAGGGCUCUCUAGCAACGCCGCUGCCCUCACACCGGAGAGUGAGCGCUGAGCUGCAUCGGGCCACCGCGCAGCUGUCCCUGGAGAACAAAGACUGCUGA